AUGAUACCAUGCAUCAUAGGCCAGAAGAGGAUAGACAGAGAUAAGCUUGAUUUAGGGGCAUCUAUUAAUAUUAUGCCUUUGUCCAUAUUUAGGGCCUUAAACUUAGGACCUCUAAAGGACACAAGGGUAAUAAUUCAACUAACCAAUAGGUCAAAUGUUUACCCAAAGGGUGGAGUUGAAGAUGUCCUAGUGAAAGUUAAUGAGUUUAUCUUUUAUGCUGAUUUCUAUACUGUUGGCAUGAAUGAUAAUAACUCAGCUAAUUCAGCUAUACUUCUACUGGGUAGACCAUUCAUAAGUACGGCUAGGACCAAGAUAUAUGUGCAUGAAGGUACCCUAUCUGUAGAAUUUGACGGGGAGACAUUUACUUUUAACAUUUUUAAUGCGAUAAAAUACCCGGAUGAUACUGAAUCUGUUAAUUAUGUUUGUGUCAUUAAUUUCAUUGUGCAAGAUCAUUUUGAGCAGAAUCUUAUGGAAAACAAGAUGAAAUUUGUGUUACAACAGAGUAAAACGAAUGAGGAAGUGGAAAGUGUGGAUGAUGAGGAUAUUGUAGAAGCAAUUAUGUCACUUCAUUCACUGCUUGCAUUUCCUGAUAGGUUUGAUGUGCCAAGAACAAUCGUUAGUGACCAAAGUACUCAUUUCUGCAAUCACACCAUUGAAGCACUGGUACGUAAGUAUGGAGUUCACCAGCGAGUGGAUACUACCUACUAUCCGCAGACCAACGGGCAAGUUGAGGUCUCUAAUCGCGAGAUUAAGAGUAUUUUGGAGAAAACGGUCAAUCCAAAUCGCAAGAAUUGGCAUAUCCGAUUGGAUGAUGCAUUGUGGGCAUAUCGCACGGCGUAUAAAACGUCAACCAAAAUGUCUCCAUACAGGUUGAUUUAUGGUAAGAUGUGUAAUUCAUCUGUUGCAAUUGAGUAUCGCGCGUUUUUGACAGUUAAGCAGUGCAAUUUGAAUGCGGAUAGAAAUGACAAGGAAAGGAAGCUCCAACUUCAAGAGUUGGAAGAAAUUCGCUUGGAGGCUUACGACAAUGCACGACUUUACAAAGAACGCACAAAAUCCAUCCAUGACAAACUAUUGCGUAAUAAGUAA